CGUUGAAAUGAUGUGAACUUCACUCUGCGGCUCCAGAACAGGACAGCGUCACACCGAGCGGACCUGAUAGAGGACUGCACGACCGUACAGGCCGAUGAUGAUGAUGAUGUCGGAAAACUUGGAGCAGAGCGAAGACGUCCUUCCCCCCCAUGAGCUGGAGCCCCCCAGGGAGGAGGACGGACACUGCCCCCUGCCCUUCAGUGUGUCAACAGGAAGUGAGUGAUAAAUCCCUGAUGGUGAAACAACGCUCAGACAUCUGAGUGUGAAAAGAUGGACGCGGGCAUUAGACGCCAUCUUGGAUACGUAGCGGAAGGGGACGGACCAAAAACGCUGCAGCUGAUCGAUGACCUGACGUAUGAAGACGUGAAGAAGUGCUACAGAGGAUCAACGGUCAGCAAAUACAACUCUCAGUACCACAAACUGUUCCAGACUGUUCCUCAAGAGGAGAUCCUGAUGAAAGUGUACUCGUGUGCGUUGUUGAGGGACAUCCUGUUGCAGGGGCGACUGUACAUCUCCAGAAACUGGUUGUGUUUCUAUGCGAACCUGUUUGGUAAAGACAUCAAGGUUUGUAUCCCCGUGGUGUCGGUUCGUCUGGUGAAGAAGCACAAAACCGCCGGCCUGGUGCCGAACGGACUCGCCAUCACCAUGGACACUGGACAGAAGUAUGUGUUUGUGUCCCUGCUGUCCAGAGACAGUGUCUAUGACGUCUUGCGGAGGAUCUGCACUCAUCUGCAGGUGAACGGGAAGAGUCUGAGUGUGAAACUGUUCCUGGAGGAGCCCAGUUCUCUGUCAAUGGACGAGUUUCCAGAGGUGUUGAAGUGGAGGAGGAAACCGUCGCUCCCCGCCGUCUCCUCGUCCCUCCCAGACCUGCUGGGAAGCUCCUCCCCCAGCCUCGUGGCCGACACGCCCUUCAGCACGCACACGCUCACGCUGACCGACAGCAGCCUGGAGACCGAGAAGAUCCUGCUGACAGAACCGGUACCUGAACUGGGCCACAUGGAGUACCAGCUGCUCAAAGUCUUCAUCCUGCUUGUCUUCCUGCUGGUCCUCUCCUCCUGUUAUCUGGCCUUCAGAGUUUGUCGUCUGGAGCAGCAGCUCAGUUUCCUGAGCAGCCAGCCGACGCCGAGGGAAAGGUGUGGAGAGGUGCCCUGUUGGCUGGCCAAUCAGAGGACAGGGACCUGACACCGAAGCCAAUCAAAAUGAAGUAAAAUCUGCACUUACAUAGACUUGCCAUUAGGGGGUGACGGCGAGAGGAGACGGACGAGUGGAGCAGCCAAGCGGCUGACCUGUGACCCCGCCGUGACCUGGUUACCAUAGAGACGUCACAGUAGUCAACCAGUAGACUGACCUCUGACCUCUGAGGCCGUGUGUGUUUACGUGAACAUGUGGAGAAGAAAUAACCAGAGACUGAAAACGUCAGCAACUCUCACUGAUGAAGAAUCGGUUUAAAUGACGGAGCUGAAGCGUUUCUCCUCGUGUUUCUCCUCGUGUUUCUCCUCGUGUUUUCCAUCGAGCUCCUGAACGUCACACGACUCAGGACGAUGUGCACACGACUGGAUUUGAAGCUCUGUGAUUGGAUGUUUGCUGGUUUUGAAGCUCUGUGAUUGGAUGUUUGCUGGUUUUGAAGCUCUGUGAUUGGAUGUUUGCUGGUUGCUGUAAGAAAAAAAGUUGAAAAAUCUGUUGCUGUAUUUUUUAACAUAGGCUGUAAUUUAAUUUGAAUCAGGUUCUUAAUAAAACACUCGCUGUGGUGGAAGAAGAAA